AUGGAUCACGGUCUUCCCGGGGCAAACGAGACCGAAACACCGGUCGGGAUCAACGGGUCACAGCUCUUUGUGGCUACUCUCUUUCUGGUUGUGGUUACUGUCAGGGGAAGUUACCAAAGUGAAUAUGGCUACGGUCAUCCCAGCUACGGAUACGGAAAGUAUUAUCCUGGUCAUGGAUAUGUCGCCUAUGGCUUUAGCUAUCCUAUCAUAGGAUAUGGCUAUGGUCUUGGAUAUGGUGGACAUGGUCUCGGCUAUAGUGGAUAUAGCACUCCUAGUUAUGGACAUGGCCUUGGUUAUGGCAGCUAUGGUAUUGGCAAUGCUGGAUAUGGUUUUGGCUAUGGUAGAUAUGGUCUUGGCUUUGGAAUCUAUGGUCGUGACUAUGGUAGAUAUGGUAGUUAUGGAUAUGGACGUGGCCUUGGCUAUGGCAGCUAUGGUCUUGGUUAUAAUAGGUAUGAUAGUUAUAGAUAUGGCCGUGGUCUUGGUUAUGGUGGAUAUGGUAGUUAUGGAUAUGGACGAGGUAUUGGCUAUGGAAACUAUGGUCUUGGCUACGGCAGCUAUAGUCUUGGCUAUGGUGGGUAUGGUCUCGGCUAUGGUGGAUAUAACAAUUAUGGUUAUGGACGUGGCCUUGGUUAUGGCAGAUAUGGUAUUGGAUAUAGAAAAUAUGACCUUGGUUAUGGUGGAAAUGGUCGCGGCUAUGGUGGAUAUAACAAUUAUGGUUAUGGACAUGGUCUUGAUUAUGAUAGUUAUGGCCUCGGAUAUGGCAGUUAUGGAUAUGGACGUGGCAUUGGUUAUGGUAGCUAUGGUUUCGGCUAUGGCGGAUAUGGUCUUCGAUAUAGAAAAUAUAAACUUGGCUAUGGUGGAUAUGGACAUGACCUUGGUUAUGGUAUCUAUGAUCUUGACUACGGUAUAUAUGAUCUCGGCUACGGUGUAUAUAGACAUGGUCUUGGCUAUGGAAAAUAUCAUCUUGGCUAUGAUGGAUAUGGUCUCCGCUAUUGUGGACAUGGUCUUGGAUAUGGUAUCUAUGGCGUUGGCUAUGAUGGAUAUAGGAAUUAUGGAUAUGGACAUGGUCUUGGCUAUGGACGUGGUUUUGGUUAUAGUGGAUAUGGGCUUGGCUAUGAAGGAUAUGGAUAUAACCCUGGCUAUGGCAGCUAUGAUGGAUAUAAUUACCCAAGCUACGGAUAUCAACGCUAUUAUAAAUACUUAUAA